AUGCCUUUGACCGGACAUUGUCUUUGCGAGGCUGUGAGUUAUGUCGCCAACGUGGCUGAGCCAGAUCUUGUGGCUUACUGCCAUUGUGAUGACUGCCAACGUCAGAGUGGUUCGACUUACUCUUUGGCAGCGUUUCUUUUCAUUGUCCCGAAGGACAAGGUUACCAUAAACGGCCACGACCGAACUUUCAGUAGUCCAGGCAGCUCCGGAUAUGCUGUUCUCUGUCAAUCGUGCCCCUAG